AUGAACCUUGCUUCCAUCAUGAUUUCUUUUAUGUCUUCUAAGAUGUGUGAUAAAACUGAAGGUUUUUCCACAUUGCUUACAUUCAUAAGGUUUUCCCCUAGUAUGUGUUCUUCCAUGAUUUCUAAGAGACUUGGAGAAUCUGAAAGCUUUACCACAUUCAUAGAGCUUUUCUCCAUUGUCUGUGCUUUCAUGUUGGGCAUUUGCAGGAGGCAACCAAUUGAUGUUUCUCUCACAUCAGUAUUGCUCUCUGCCUUUCUGACUUCCACUCUCUCAAUGGAAAAAUACCUGCAGGUGAGGAUAAAGGGGGAAAAAAGAACUGGGAUUGUCAAAGGCUUUUCUACAAUCUUGACAGGACAUGGCUUAUUUUCAGUGUGA